AUGAAAGUAGGAGUCAACGGAUUUGGCCGCAUCGGUCGUCUUGUGACCCGCGCAGCCAUCAACUCUGGAAAAGUGUCCGUGGUGGCCAUCAAUGACCCCUUCAUUGACUUGAAUUACAUGGUUUACAUGUUCAAGUAUGACUCCACCCACGGACGCUUCAAGGGUGAAGUGAAGGCUGAGGACGGUAAACUCGUCAUCAAUGGCCAUGCCAUCACCAUUUUUCAGGAACGUGACCCCGCCAACAUCAAGUGGGGUGAUGCUGGAGCAGACUAUGUUGUGGAAUCCACUGGCGUGUUCACCACAAUCGACAAGGCAUCUGCUCACCUGAAGGGCGGUGCUAAGCGUGUGAUCAUCUCUGCUCCCUCUGCUGAUGCCCCCAUGUUUGUGAUGGGAGUGAACCAUGAAAAGUAUGACAACUCUCUAAAAGUUGUGAGCAACGCCUCCUGCACCACCAACUGCCUGGCUCCCUUGGCCAAAGUCAUCAACGACAGCUUCCACAUUGUGGAGGGUCUCAUGACGACGGUUCAUGCUGUGACAGCCACCCAGAAGACUGUGGAUGGUCCCUCUGGCAAACUGUGGCGCGAUGGCAGAGGUGCCAACCAGAACAUCAUUCCAGCCUCCACUGGAGCUGCCAAAGCUGUCGGCAAGGUCAUCCCAGAGCUCAAUGGGAAACUCACUGGCAUGGCUUUCCGUGUUCCUGUCCCCAACGUCUCUGUGGUUGACUUGACCUGCCGCCUGGAGAAGGCUGCCUCCUAUGACGAAAUUAAGAAGGUGGUGAAGGCUGCAGCUGAUGGACCAAUGAAGGGAAUUCUGGGAUACACCGAGGAACAGGUCGUGUCCUCUGACUUCAACGGUGACAAUCACUCCUCCAUCUUUGACGCUGGUGCAGGCAUUGCCCUCAACGAUCACUUUGUGAAACUGGUUUCUUGGUACGACAACGAAUUUGGCUACAGUCAGCGUGUUGUGGACCUGAUGGUCCACAUGGCCAGCAAGGAAUAG